UUACGAUUCGAAUGACGAAAGUGCGCCUGACAAUGAGCGAUACUUGGAAUAUAAUGGUCAUGCGUAAAGCGCACAAGUCAACUACGCAGGAUGCUGGAUUGUUUCACUUCCGGUAUACGGGUCUUCCAUCAUAUGUUUGUGUGCCGUGAAAAUUGUUGGUUGUCAAAGUCGAAGGAUAUUUUUUCAUUCGUUGUGACUCCUGAUUUCUAACAAUCGCAAUAAUAUUCGCCCCGUAUUUAGCCAGGUAUUAUCAAAACUCUGCGAGUGUACCGUGAAGUCGUAUUUUCCCAACGCUCAAAUUCCAGUUAACCUUUACAACGUUGACGUGGUUUUUUUUUUUAUUAUUUUUUUUUUUUCGUCGUCAAAACUGACGUCUGACUCCUCUACGAAAAUAGGUUAUCACGUUAUACGUAUACAUGUAAAUAAUUGUAUCGCGGUAAUGUGUCUCACGAAAAACAGUUGAGCCUGAUGUGAGAAAUAAUUAAUACUCAUUCGUGAAUACAAGUGUGAAAACAGUGAAGUUUCCAUUACCAAUAGUACCGAUCAACCCAGCCUAGUUUAUAUAUAUAUGGUAAUAAUGAAUAGAAAGCCAAACACUGCCACUGCUAGAUUAAAGCAAGACUAUUUGAGACUGAAAAAGGACCCGGUGCCGUACGUCGUAGCUGAACCCGUACCUUCGAAUAUAUUAGAAUGGCAUUAUGUUGUCAACGGUCCGGAAAGUACACCUUACGAGGGUGGAUUUUAUCACGGAAAGCUCGUGUUUCCACGGGAGUUUCCUUUCAAACCACCUAGCAUAUACAUGACCACGCCAAACGGCAGAUUCAAAGUAAACACACGGCUUUGUCUAUCCAUAUCCGAUUUUCAUCCAGACACUUGGAACCCGGCAUGGAGUGUUUCCACCAUUCUUACCGGUCUCCUUAGCUUCAUGAUUGAAAAGAGCCCGACACUGGGCAGCAUAGAGACACCAGACUAUGAAAAAAGGCUGUUGGCAUCGCAGAGCCUUGAGUACAACCUCAAGGAUAGUACAUUUUGUGAAUUAUUCCCAGACACGGUAUCGGCUAUAAAAGCAGAGUUGGAGCACCGCAAGGAACUGGAAAAGCAAGCGAGACAUCAGUCGACAGCAUCUGAAGUAUCUUCGUUAAUUAGAGAUCAGUUUCAGAGAGAACAGAGUCCGCUUCAUAGUGCCCUCACUAACCUCAUUGUUAUCGUAGGUUUCGCCGCGUUUGCCUAUACUGUGAAGUAUGUUUUGAGAAGCAUUGCUACCGAGUAAAUUAAUUCUAGUUAUAUCAUAGAGAUAUUAUGUUCUGUUCUACUGAAAACCUAAGAAUGGGGUUCGUGUUUCUGUUAUAAAAACACACUAGGAGCUUCGAAAGAUCUGAUAUCUAGCGACUGGUCGAGCAGACGUAGGUAAUAGUUCUUUUGUCCUGGACACGGAUUUGAUAGGAAACAAUGAUGUUGUUUUGAUACCGAGAAUGACUAUUCAGUCUAAUGUAACCAGGUCCGUAAUCACAUCCUUGAGUGAAUUACUCGCAUUAUCCAACUCAAACAUAUGCAUUUCCAUUAUUCAUCUAUAAUAUUUCUUUUUAGCAAUUAUUUGCUUCAAUUUUCAUGUGUUAUCUAGUAUUCGCAUUAUAAUUAUCGUUGAAUAUGCAAAUUCUAAAUCACAAAAUAUUAGUAAUAUGAAGAAGAUAUAUUUAUAGAAUACCUUCUACCUUGUUAUUCAUUUUAAUUAAACACAAUAUUACUCGCGAAAUCAUGCAAAUUUUUCAAUUUAUUUCAUGUUUUUCAUUCAUGAAAAAGGAUGGUCGAAAAUUUUUGCAUGUAUUCAGCUAUGCAGAAACAAUUACACAACAAAGUAUGGAAUUAAGUAUGUAUGAUGCUCGACCAAUUAGCCAGUUGAUUCAAUUAUCUUCUUCAUGUCGAUAUGUAUUAUAUGUCGCCGAUCGAUACAGGUAGUUUUUGUAAUAGAGUUACAGAAAAUGCAGCUUUCACUAAUAUUUCAAACAUACGUUUUAUUUGCAUUAACAUCUUUAUUAGAAAACAAACACGCUUCUGCUUCGUAUCUCAUCCCUACCAAAUACAAACUCAGUAUGAAUUCAAUUAGAUCGUGUGAUUGAAAUUAACUUGACGUUAAUAUUCAUAAAUGAAAAAAAAAAAUAAAAUUGGAUCAAAGACUUUUUUUUAAACAACUCGAAAGCGGAAUAUGAUUAAUAAUAAAUAGGUAAACAUAAGUAAACGCUGUAUGAAUUUUUUAGGCACGUUCAAGAAUCGCGAAUAACAUGUUUUCAUUGAUACGUCGGAUGAUCGUCAAUUUACAAGGUAUAUUUUUAGUUUUGCAAAUUAAAGUGUGAUAUUCGUAUCAAAAAGUUGAGGCACAAAUUUGGCUCGCACUUU